AUGGCGCCGUCGGAGCAGCUACCACUAGAUUCGGUCGGAGAGAUACUUUGUCGACUGCCAAGGAAUUCACUUGCUCGAUUGAGAGUGGUAUGUAAGCAAUGGAACGCUACUUGGGAGGACAGGAGUUUCUUGAACAACUACUUUACUCACGCUCGCCCUCAAUUCAUCCUACGGACAAAUUCCGAGAUUUAUUCCGUAGACAUCAUCAAUCUCAAUCUCGACCAUGGUUCACAGAUAGAUGUGAGUGAGAUAGGUUUAGAUUAUAUCCCAUGUAAAAUGAUCACCAGCUUAGUUCAUUGCGAUGGGUUCUUCUUAUCUGAUAUGUUUAAAAGAGGCUUCGUGAUUUGGAACCCCUGGUUGAGACAGAGUAGAUGGGUCGUACCGGAGGACACACGCGAAUAUAGAUUUUGUGGCAUUGGCUAUGAUAACACUAGACCCGAAACGGGUUACAAGAUCUUUGGGUUUUGUAUUUGCUUCGAUGGUACUCGCCAGCUCUACCCGAACCCGAAAGUUGCCAUCUACGACUGCAAAUCCGAUGCGUGCAAGUUUAUUGUGAAUGCCUCUUGGGGAAAAGAUUGGCGUGUACCAGAGUUAGAUAGUAUUGUGUCCUUUAAUGGUAAUUUAUAUUGGGUUGCUUAUGAUUCAAAGACCUGUGAACAUUUCAUCCGAAGCUUUGAUUUUUCAAAGGAGAUGUUCAAGACUUUUUGUCUUCUACCUUGUAAUGAAGAAGAAGACUUUGCCAUUACGCAAGUCCUUGCUGUUUUCAGGGGAGAUCGGUUUUCUGUGUUAAGGCAAUCUUACAUGACCAGGAAGGUCGAGAUUUUGGUGACGAAGCAUAAGAUUGACAGUAAUGGAGAGGCCGUGGUGUGGAAGAGUUUAAUGAAAGUGUCAAUACCUGAUUUCCCUAGGUUACAGCAAAAAUGUUUUGGUGGCUCUGGGCCAAGUUACUUCGUUGAUAAUAAGAUGCUGUUUGUGUGUACUUCUGAUGAAACUGGGCAUCCUUGCAUCUACAUUGUACAGGAAGAUGUGUUCAGGAAGAUUUCAAUAGAUUCUGUGGUUGAUCGUUGGUCUUCUUGCCUUACCUAUAUCCCCAGUUUUGUCUCCAUUCCUUUAGCUCAAAGAAACAAUAAGGAUCGCUUAUAA